GUACACAGUCAGAAACAGAGCAGGACCUCCCAGAGCAACCAGACGUUGAAGUUGAGGAAGAGGGAGAGAGAGAGAGACAGGUUCAGAGUCCAGCACAGGAGAAAAUGAAAGGGAGAAAACAGAACAUUCAUUUGAUUAUUUUGCCCGCCCUCAGCCCAAGGACUAUGACUUAUUUUUUAAGAACCACCCAAAACAAACCACUCAAAGAAUCAUCCCUAAUGUAUUCAAUUCCAAAGAUGGCACCAACAGAAAAUGGCUGACAUACAAUGAAGGAACUCACUCCUUGUUCUGUUCAGCAUGUCUAGCAUUUGCAAAACCCUCUGCCAGUGAAAGUACAUUUGCCAAAGGAGAGAUGCAUGAUUGGAAACAUGCCCAUCAGAGGGUACAGGAGCAUGAGAGAAGCAAGACUCACAGAGAGAGUGCAGAAGCCUUUUUUCUCAGAGCCAGCAGGGCAGACAUUUGUAGCCUUUUGAGUGACAAACAAAUGUCUAUUCAAAGAGAGCAGAUCAGAAAGAGGAGGCAGGUCAUGGAACGUGUCAUAAAUGUAGUAAAAGUUAUCGGUAAAUGCGGGCUUAGCUACAGAGGACACAGCCAAGAAGCUGCGUAUACAUUGGAAAACAUCGCCAGCAACCAUGGCAACUUUCUUGAACUAAUUUUGUUGCUGAGCAAAUAUGAUGUCUGCCUACAAGAGCACGUUAAGGAUUGUAUUGAGAAGAGUAAAAAACAGAUGGGAAGUAAAGGAAGAGGGCCAUUGGUAACAAUGAUGUCCAAAACGACAGUAAAUAAAGUUAUUGAAGUCAUCAGGUCAUUGAUUCAGCAGACAAUUGCUGUUGAAGUGAAAAUGGCAGGGAUGUUCUCUGUACAACUGGACACAACACAGGAUUUGACAUCCAAAGACCAAUGUGCAGUAGUUGUCACUACUGUUGUCACUACUGUUGUGCUUGAGAGACUCAUUGCUGUCAUUGACUGUGAGUCAUCAACUGGACAGUACUUUGUGGACCUUGUAAAAGAGACACUCGUAACGAUGGACAUAAACAUCAAACAUUGCAUUGGCAAUGCAACAGAUGGAGCAGCUAAUAUGCAGGGAAAAUACAGAGGCUUCUCUGCAUUGAUUACAGAAGUAUCUCCCAACCAAGUCCACAUUUGGUGUUACUCACACAUCCUAAAUCUUGUGCUGAGUGACACCACUCGGGUUGUUGUUGCAAGCGAAUCCCUUUUCUGUCUCCUGAACGACAUUGCAGUGUUAAUUCGAGACACCUAUAAGCGCAUGCACCUAUGGGAGGAAACCACUGAGGACAAGAGACGCAGGCGGCUAGGUGUCAUUGGUGAAACACGCUGGUGGGCUAAAGAUGAAGCAUUGAAGAAAGUCUUCGGAGGCUUUGCAAAGCCCAACCAGGCACUCUACACAGAUGUCAUCAUCACUAUGGAGAAAAUUGAAAAGGACAUGACCAUAAAACCUUCUAUCCGAAGCAAGGCCCAAGGGUACAAAAAUGCUCUGCUAAGGUAUGAGACGAUUCUCACAGCUGAGAUUUAUCUCAGGAUCUUUGAGAACACAUCCCCUCUCUCGAAAUAUUUGCAAACAAGUGGGAUAGAUUUUGUGACAGCACAACACCUAGUGACUGGAACAGAGGAUAAUCUGAGAAAGUAUGCAAGACACUUUCAGAGUGUGAAGAAGGCAGCAGACAACUUUGUUGAGUGGGCCAAUGGCAUUCUGGAAGAACAGCAGAACUGUGAUGCUGAAGCUCAAACUGCUCUGGCAGAGAAGAGAACAAAAAAAAAGAAGAGAAGGCCUGGUGAAUUGGCAGAAGAUGACCUCAUUGCUAAUGCUGACAAAAAUUAUGAAAUCAAAAUCCACAAUGUGAUACUGGACACUGUUGUGGAAAGUAUCCACCAUCGUUAUGCAGCAAAUGCAGUGCUCUGUGCAGAUGUCUCCUGCAUGGAUCCUAAACGCUUUCCUGAAAUCAGAGAAAAGGGCCUUCCAAACACAGCCAUGAAGGAGCUCAGCAAAUGCUUGUUGAAAUUUGAUGACCGUGCCACUGUUGAAGCAUUGCAGGCUGAACUGACCAGCCUUGCACAACACUGGGAAAGUCACUACAAGAGGAGUACAACACCAGGGCUGCCACCACCAGUGAUGACUCUGGAGAGGAUCUUGAUGAAAGUGUGGAGUUUGUGAGCACACGUUGUUCAACCUGUAAAAACUGCCUGGUAUGCUGCUAUUUACUCCUGUCACAGUACAAUCUGCUCAAAGAUGCAUAUCAUAUCAUUGGUUUGGGCUACAAGUUCAUCCUCACACUAUCAGUCUCACGGGUGGCCUGUGAGAGGACCUUCUCUACUCUGAAACUUGUGAAGAAUCGCCUGAGAACCUCUCUCAAUCAAGAGAACUUAGAAGCAUUCAUGCUGAUGGCAACAGAAAAGGAGAUUCUAAUGGCACUUGACAAAGAUGACAUUAUUGACAAGAUGGCAGAGAGCAGUGAGCUACUGCGCCGCCUACUGGUUUACUAGGGAUAAUCGCUGACUGGUUACUCUUAGUGAUCUACUUUAUUGACACUAAUGAGUGAAUAUUGUAUUCUAAGUUCUUCUUUGUUGUUCUUACAUUGAUGCUUGUUAAAUUUAAAGAAAUUAAUAUAUUCCAGUUUUGAUAAAUGUUUUAUAUGUUUGAUGCUUGAAAGUAAAGUUAAUUAUUGAACAUCCAAGCUAGUAUUUGUCUCUCUUUUUACAA